AUGGCAAGCCCAGAUGGUGGAGCUGCUCCAGCUUCCCUCGACGAUCAACACCGCCUGCUUGAAGAUGCAGGAGAAUCGAUAUCGGGUAGCUCCCAUAUCGGGAGUGAUGCUUCAGAUGACUCUUCCGAACGUGGAGAAUGCCGUUGGAGGACUUCCCGAUACCACGAUAUGGAAUGCUCUCGCUUCUUCGACUGCCCAACUCAUGUAGUUGAGAGGCAUCUCUCUGACAACGAGGCCAACGACAGUGAGGCUGAGGAGGAGGAAGCCACAGUGCAGCUCCGGACCGGCGACGAUAGGACCGAAAGUUCUCCAGACACGAGGCUACAUACCGUCGACUCUGCUGUGUCUGACGAUGCUCCAGAGCCGGUCCCAGCACCAAGCUUUGCGCCCGGGCCCGAGGAGACAAAUACUGGGCGACCGGCAGAGCCAGUAGAUUCAGCACAGGCAACCUCUGCACGGGAUACUGAAGGGCCUGACGAGUCUCAGGAUCCCGAGGAAGCCGCGCCGGCACCACCAACCCCAUUGAGCUCCCGACUUUCAGAGACUUCUCAACCUCUCCCACCGACUGCAACGCCUGCAACGCCGACCGGAGAGUUUGUCCCUCCGGAAAGAUCAUCGAACUUGGUCACAUCGCAAGCGGCAAACGCAUCGUCACACGACUUGCUUCUACGUCCAGCUCUGUUAUCCAGUCGCUCUCACGAAUCGCCGCCGCCGCCGCCGCCACCCAGACGCACGACUUCUUCGGUUGCUUCGCGCGGUCAACGGGUGCCCGAAGAGAGAAGCGGUCCUCCAGAGUUUGUCGUGCCACGGUGGCAGCCAGACGCAGAGGUGGUUUUGUGCCCGAUAUGCAACGUACAGUUUAGCAUUUUUGUUAGGAAACAUCACUGCAGGAAAUGUGGAAGAGUCGUUUGUAACGCUUGCUCGCCUCACAGAAUCACGAUUCCUUACCAGUUCAUUGUUCAACCGCCAGGACAACCACGACUGGCGGUCCAGAGAUACCCGUCUUCCCUCAUUAGUGGUGAGGGAGGAUAUGCAGAUUUCAGCAGCCUCGGCGGAGGAGAGCGUGUUCGUCUAUGCAACCCAUGCGUCCCGGACCCCAACACCACACCGCCCCAGCAGCCACUUGGCUCGCCCUCACAGUUGUCUCCUCGAGGAUCGCACUAUAGAUCGCAAAGUAACAUUAGCACAAUGUCCAGCAACGCGCCCCCUCCCACGCGCUUCUCGGGCUACUUCACGUCGAGCCCCUCCCCGGAGACCUAUGCAAGGUCUAGAAGCAUUACGCACUCCGGUUCCGGCGGGCCCUCGAGCUCUCGCGGGCAUUACCAGUCCACCCAAAAUCGGAUUUUGGCAGGGACACCGCCGACGUAUUAUCCGUCCUCGUCAUCCGGCUAUCCGGGCUCAUCCCGCUACCGGUCUAUGCUAGAUGUCGGACCAUCUUCGUCGUCGUCGGCGGCGGCUGCGUACAACCGUGCGCUGCCGCCGCCGCCGCAAAUACCCGAGGAGGAUGAGUGUCCGGUUUGCCAUCGCGAGCUGCCCUCACGUACUCUUCCCAACUUCGAGCAGCUGAGAGAGACGCAUAUCAACACCUGCAUCACUUCGCACAGUACCUACGGUGGUACACCGACGGGAGAAACCCCUCUAGUCGGGACGCCGCCUCCCCUAGCGGUUCGUCGGACUGGUAUGUUCCCCUAUGUUGCCACAGAAAAGGACUGUGUCGACUCGGCCGAGUGCACCAUCUGCCUUGAGGAGUUCGAGGUGGGCGUUCCCAUGGCGCGUCUAGAGUGUCUCUGCCGUUUCCACCGAUCUUGCAUCUCGGCUUGGUUCAUCAACCAUCCUGGACGGUGCCCCGUCCACCAGCAUGAUAGUUUUGGCUAUUGA